AGGAAGGAAAGCUCUUAACAGCCUGAUAUCCGUCUGCUGCUCCUUGACGACAGAGGAAAGUUAUCUUUAAACACAUCGUUCUUCCUUCACUUCUCACAGAGAUGAGAGGAGCAGCUAUGAGUUUCACUGCAGCAGCGAGUGGAUUAGUCGUCUUCCUGCUCUCUGUGUCAGUGGUUCAGGGUGAGCAUGGCUGGGGAGUGACUUACUCUUCUACUGAGAUCUGUGCAGUGAAAGGAUCAACAGUGGAGAUAAGAUGCAGCUUCACAUACCCAUCUAGAUGGAAAGGUGGUGUUAACACAGUAGAGAAAACGUUCUGGUUCACUGAGAAGAAAGAUGGUGAAUUUGUCGAUCUGACCACAGUCUCAGAGUAUGCAGGUCGUGUUGAGGAUCUCUGUGAAAACAACAUCUGCACUCUGAGACUCAGAAACCUGAGAGAGAGCGACUCAGUUCAGUACAAGUUCAGGAUCAAAACAAACCAAGAUACAUACUUUGGUUAUCCUGGACCCACUCUGUCCGUCACAGAUCUUCAGGUGCAGGUGAGCAGAUCAAGAUCAUCUACUCUCCUUCAGUGUCUCAGCAGUUGUCCACCUGGUCAUACUUCUUACAUCUGGUUUAAGAAUGGACAUGAAGUGAAGGAAGACACAUCUCCUGAUGCAAACUUCAGAUAUAAUUCAGCAGACUGUUAUUCCUGUGCUCUGGAGGGAUAUGAGGACUUCCCCUCUCCUUCAGUGUACUAUCCAAAGCCUCCCUCUGUGUCAGUGAGUCCCUCUGCUGAGAUAGAGGAGAGCAGUUCAGUGACUCUGACCUGUAGCAGUGAUACUAACCCAGCAGCUAACUACACCUGGUACAAGGAGGAUGGAAAUGCACACCUUUCUUCUUUCAAUGAAGGACCACGUCUUUUCCUCAGCUCCAUCCCGUCCUCUGACUCUGGACAGUAUUACUGCAGAGCUGGGAAUCUGCUGGGGAACACAAGAUCUGAAUCCAUCUCUAUUGAUGUGACAUAUGCUCCAAAGCCUCCCUCUGUGUCAGUGAGUCCCUCUGCUGAGAUAGAGGAGGGCAGUUCAGUGACUCUGACCUGUAGCAGUGAUGCUAACCCAGCAGCUAACUACACCUGGUACAAGGAGGAUCAAAAUGCACACCUUUCUUCUUUCAAUGAAGGACCACGUCUUGUCCUCAUCUCCAUCCAGUCCUCUGACCCCGGACAGUAUUACUGUAUGGCUGAGAACAAGCUGGGGGUGAAGACAUCUAACAGCAUCUCCAUUGAUGUGAAAUUGCGACUGUUGGCCAAGAAGCAGGACACGGAGUUAACCAAUGAUAGUGAAUAUCAUCAGGAUGACUCUGGGGGUCUUGAUGCUGAUUCCGGUGUUUCUCCUGAGUCUGUGGACGAGUUGGACUCUAUCCCUGAGUAUGAGAACAACUCACACACUGCAGCACAUACAGAAGACACAGAGGAGCAGGUAGACAUGAUGCUCACCUGA